AUUCCAGCAAGAUUGGUUGGGAUUUAGAUUUUUUCUUUCGGUUUUAGUUCAUUUCUGAUCGGCAUUUGGAACUUUUUCUGAACUGUGAACAAUUUAGUGAAAAUGAAGCUGUUUAUUUUACUUAGUGUUCUGCUGGUUGGAACAUUUGCUCAAGAUGGCCCGAAAGUUACGGAUAAGGUGUUUUUCGACAUAACCAUUGAUGGUAAACCGGAAGGACGCAUUGUAAUUGGGUUGUUCGGUGGAACCGUUCCGAAAACCGCUAAAAAUUUUAAAGAGCUUGCCGAGAAGGAAGAGGGCGAAGGCUACAAGGGCAGCAAGUUCCACCGGGUCAUUAAAGACUUCAUGAUUCAGGGAGGCGACUUCACCCGUGGUGACGGAACCGGCGGUCGGUCGAUCUAUGGCGAACGGUUCGCCGACGAAAACUUCAAGCUGAAGCAUUACGGAGCCGGCUGGCUGUCGAUGGCUAAUGCCGGAAAGGACACCAACGGGUCGCAGUUCUUCAUCACCGUUAAGGCGACCAGCUGGCUGGACGGACGUCACGUCGUGUUCGGCAAGGUGCUGGAGGGUAUGAGCGUAGUGAGGAAAAUCGAAAACGCCAACACUGAUGGGCGUGACCGUCCGGUGAAGGACGUCGCGAUUGCCGAUUCCGGUUCACUGCCAGUGGAUGCUCCGUUUUCAGUGGAGAAGAGCGACGCUCGAGAUUAGAUCAUCACUAAGGUGAGACCCUACGGGUGACGCUAUUGCAUGAAGGCAUUUAAUGUGUGAUUUAAUCGGAAGAAAUUUUAGAAAAAACGAGAACAAAUUUUAA